AUGUACAAUUCAUCAUAUAAUUCCCUAAAACAAGUGCCAUCCGAUGUGGUGAACGGCAAACAGAAUGCGACGACAUCCAAAUCACCCCCAACAACAAAUCCCACAACACCGCCGAAUCCUUUUUGUUUCAAUACGAUUCUACACAAGUUAAAUGCCAAAGUACCUGCUCGCCUUGUCCUCUAUAUGCUAUCAUGGUCGGGAUUCCUGGUCUCAUUUAUGAUGCGGAAUGAUAUGCAUUUGGCCAUUGUGGCAAUGACACCGCCAGCCAAUAAUUCAGUGUCUAAUGGUGGUCGGUGUGCUGAUAUAUUACCUAAUAAUAAUGCCGCAGUUACUUCCGUAAACACAACGUUAGCAGCAGCGGUGACAACAACGGCACACAAUAUAAGUGUUAUACCAGCCGCAGCCGCAUUCAUAGCGUCAACAGCAGCAGCGGAACAAGGACAUACACCGCAACACUAUGACUGGUCAUCAUCGAUACAAUCGGUCAUAAACAGCUCCUUCUUUUGGUGUUAUGUUCUGUCACAAGUAUUCGGUGGCAUUGCCACACAAUAUUUUGGCACAAAGAAGGUGUUCGGCUGGUCGCAAUUUGCCACGGCCCUUUGCAGUCUACUUAUGCCCGCCUGUGCCGACAUUCACUAUGGCCUACUUAUUGCCUUACGUUCCAUACAGGGUUGUGCCUCGGGCCUAACCUGGCCUGCCAUGUAUGCCGUUGUCGGCUAUUGGAUCCCGCUGAUAGAACGUUCGCGUUUCAUGUCCAGUUUCCAGGGAUUUAGCAUUGGCACUGGUCUGACCUUUGUUUUGGGUGGUUUCAUCACCAAACGUUUUGGCUGGCAGUAUGUAUUCUAUACCACCGGCUCGCUGGGCAUGUUAUGGUGCCUUUUCUGGUAUCUGCUGGCCUAUAACACACCCCAGGAACAUCCUCGCAUUACCAAAGAUGAAUUGGAAUAUAUUGAAAUCAAUAUUAGCAGUGAAAUGAAAAAAUCGAUCGGAAAGAAAGUGCCUUGGAAAGAUAUAAUUACCUCGAAGCCCGCCUUGGCAAUUGCCAUAACGACAUUUGGCCGCAUCUGGAUACACUAUGUGUUCAUUAUAAAUGGACCGAAUUUUAUGAAAAAUAUCCUCUGUUUUGAUUACGAGGCCAAUGGUGUAUUAUCGGGUAUGCCUCACAUUUGUUCCUACAUCUCGUCGGUGAUCUUCUGCUAUAUUGCGGAUAAAUUGUUGCAUCGUCACUGCAUGACCCUAACGAAUAUACGUAAACUAUUUACGGCUCUGUCACAAGUUGUACCUGGUGUUUUGAUUUUAUUUAUUGGUUACAUCGAUAAUAUUGUCUUGCUUCUGGUUAUUUGGUUUAUAACGGUGUCAUUUAUAACGGCUUCCUACGCUGGUGCCAUGGCCAAUAUUGUGGAUAUUGCACCGAAUUUUGCGGGGCCCGUUUUGGCCUUUUGUCAAACCAUACAUAUGUCGGCAUCAUUCCUAUCGCCCCUGAUUUCGGGUCUUAUCCUACAAACGGAUACAUCAAUUGAUGAAUGGCGUACAGUAUUUAUUGUGGCAGCCAUAGUUACCAAUGGCACCUAUAUUUCGUAUCAAAUUUAUGGUACAGCUGAAAUUCAAAAAUGGGAUAGUAUACAUAGUGAUGGUGAUGGUGCUGGAGGUGUUGUUACUCCUUCAUCAAAUGGUGAUUUGGUGGCAUGUGAAGCUGGCAAAAACCUCACAAAUGGUGAAGAUGUUGACGACAAUGAUGAUGAUGCUACGGAGGACAAUCAAAUGUUGAAAAAGACAACAAACGGUAAAUCAAAGGAUAACAUUAGCCAAUAA